GGGAAGUUUGGUAAAAAAAAAGUAAACAAAGCAACCCCACCAUAAAACACCAAUUCUCAACAACUACCAGAUAACUCCAUUAAAUUACAAGUUACCACGGUAAUAUUUUGAUAAUACCUGAUCAAACUUCGCAAUGCCCAAAAAGCAAUUCUUGAAAGAUAACAAGAAGAGGUCCAAGCAUGCACCGCAGGUAAGGCUCCAUAGUUGAUCCAAAUAUGCAGGUAAUGUAACACGUGCAGAUACCAGCAACGGCUGAUGAAUAUCUCGCUGGUAAGUCAUUGUUUCGUAGGACCAAAGAUGGGGAUGUACAUAAGCUAAGACAUAUCAUAGCCGGAGUAGAUUUUGAAGAGGCUGGCGAGAAAUGGAGAGGUGGUGAUGCCGCGAAGGUAAUGCCUUCAUACUCAUACACGUAUAUGUAUUGGAUCUGAAUUUCAAUCGUCGCUUAGUCAGCGAGAUUCUUCGUCAGAGCAAUUGAUAACUACGAGGAAGCAUUGAAGAAGUUUCCAAACUCUUUCGACCUUGCUUACAAUAGGUGAGAUCUUUUCAUGCUCAAAAUCCAGGUACUUAUAGGUGCUGAUAUUUCACAGAGCCCGAGUUCUGUAUGAGCUUACACAAUAUCCAAAGCUCACAGCACAAUUACCUGGGACACCUCUGGACCUUCUAGCUGCUGCCCUGGAAGCGAGUCGAUUUGCAUUGAGUUUAAAACAGGAUAAUGCAGAUAUCUUGUUGUAUGGAGUACAAAAAUCCCUUCGUGCUUUUCACGGCUAACAGCAGCAGUAAUACGGCUCAAGUUCUUACCAGUAUUGCGGAAGUAACAUCAGAAACGAGAAAUAUUAGCAAUGAUGAUAAUCUAGCUUUACUCGAGGAAGCUAUUGAGCUUUUUCAGAGAUGUUUAACGUUACAAGAGUACCAAUACACUGAAUCACAAACCCAAGCUAAAUUCGUAACUCCAUCAGAUUCGGAUCCAGAUAUGGAAGAAGGUGGAGUUUCAUUGUCUGAUGCUAAUGGCCAAGCUCUACAGGAUGAUAGAUGGGCGACUAUCGUUGAGCCAGUGACCCUUGAUACUUUACUUGAUACUUUAAUAGCUCAGCUCCAAACGCUCGCUAUAUUAUGUGGGUUGGUCAACGUAGACGCUGGUCGAGGACUGGCGUGGAUUGAAGAAUAUUCAACUCCACUCAUCGGUCAAAAGCUACAAAGCUACCUCGAGGGCACUACAGCCAGAGACCAAGAAGCUGGUUCCGCCAAAUCAAACUUCGUCGCUGCUCUCGCAGAUGCCAAUUUCCGAGUUCAAAGAAUUGAUAUCAGUACCUACGAACGAACUUUGAAUGAUGCGUAUUCGUCGUUGAGCCUCGACGAUCAUCCAGAAGGGCUUUGCGACAAAGCUGAAGCAUUCAUCUCAUACAAUUCUUCUGUUCGCCUGAAUUAUGAAGCAGCUCAAUCACCCGAAGUUUCCGCAUCACGGUGGAAAGUUCUAACAGCAGCACUGGACAGUUUGACGAAAGCUUCCAAACUUCCUUUGGCCGAGAAUCUAUCAAAGAUCCAUAUUCUGCGAGGUGAUGUUGACCUUUUGAGAUUUCAGCUGGGUCAGCCGCCGAGUGCUUAUGAUAUUGCUUUGAAGAAUGGGGCAGUGUUAGCAAAGAAUGCGGAGAAAUUCUACCGUGGUGCUGGAAACUUCGCGAAGGUGGAGGGACUGAGCAAGCAGUUAGAAGAAGCUGAAGUGAAGGAAGCUCUAGCUAUGAGUUUUUAUGGUGAGAAGGACAAACUAUUGCGAUGUAUCAAAUUGCAACCUGAGCUAGUGAGGGCUGUUUUGGAGGAUGCUCUUGAUGAUGGAUUGGUUUCAUAUGAGGCUUUAUCUGCCAUGGGUAUUGCAUAGAGCUACUUGAUACUACAGAGUCUUAGACAUGGAACAGCACAGUGGUCUUAGUCUUUGAUGGCGCAAUGAAACCUUUCCGGCUUGAAUACUUGUCAAAUGUUCUGGACUUCAGUGUGACUUUGACUUAUAAUUCUCAAGAGACA